AUGGACAUCCUUGUCACCUCGUCCACACUACCCUCUGAAGACCCAUUAGUCCUCAAGUCGGGUCGACCGGACGAUGCCAUGACCCCUGUCGACACUCUCAAGACUAGUGGGUCUUCAAACGUGCCAAACUUUGUCCGUGUUGACGUUGACAGCUUAAACUAUUCAAAGGACGUCGGUGACACCAGAGGUUCGACCAGCAGUGUGUCACCGCAGAUCCAGGCAUCCGCAUACAUUAACGACUCGGAAACCCUAAGUGUACCGACAGGCAACACCAACAAUAUUGAACAAGGCCACACUGAACCACACCCCGUCAAAUCGACCACUCCCCCCUCUCAAACCGAGACGAAUAAGCAUGCACACUCAGCCAUCGUGCCAACAGCAGCACCGACAACCAUCCUUUCCUUACAGCCACCAUCGCCACCUUCUCAAUCACAACCAGAAGCAGAGUCAACAAACCCCUCCUCGAACCUCGUCGCCUCCUCUGCGAUUUCGAUUCUGUCUGCCUCCGGAACGUUGGUCUCACACGAAGCCCAAGGACGUCUCUCCACCUCGACAGCCCAUCCUCCUCAUCCCCUCUCUCGGACUACAACAGCUCGCACACUAGCCGUGUCUUCCGCUCCCUUCGAUCCACAGCAAUUCAAGGCUACCCUUCAAAAGCUAACCGCCUUCACGGAGCAGUUCGAAGCCCUGAACGACCAACUGCUGGAUGCCCUGACAAGUUACGACAAAUCACGCUUAGGCCUGGACUUUGCAUUGGAAGCUGGAUCUCACUUGACUACAGAGCCCACAACUAAGGACGAAUUGUCUACCGAUCUGGAAAUCGAGCGACGAGCGGUUGCUCAAUCGCUCGUGGAACUCAUUUUCUCUUCGUGGUCUAGACUCGCAGGAAAUGGAUCGACAACAACGGUGUACCCCACACUGAACCUCUCGAUCCAGACGCCGCCUCCCCCCCAGAAAAUGGUGCGCCUAAACAAACCUCAGAUCAAGACCGCCACGCAUCUCAAAGACAUCAUCGUAGCCUUUUGGAGCGCUCAGAGCAACUUUCAAGAUCGCGCUCAACUCGUUCUCGAAAUAUUUCAGGAUCCAUUAGAGUUGGAGGAUGAUGAACGAGUCCGGAUUCUUCGGAGUCGUCACUUGAACUACCUCCUCUCAACCUCUCUCACCCCGAUAGAAGCAGAUCGACUGAGUGGCAAGGUGGAGAGUGACCAGAACAGGAUGACACAGAUCACGGAACAGCUCCAGGGACUCUGGCUCGAGAUUCUGCUUGUGCUCUCCAAGCCUAGUUCGACGGCAAACAACAACAGCAGUAGCAAUUCAGGCGAUGAUUCUGCGGAGAGCGAAGAGGGUGACAAUGGUUCAUUUGGAAAACGGUUCUUCCGUAUCAGCAAGGGCAAGCGGCAGGCCUUCAAGGCUGGAAUCAAUGGCACCAAUGCGAUCUUCCCCAUGGUUUCAUGUGCAGGAGCAUCUAGGAAACCCUUUCAUAUCUGUCACUCCUUGCGUGCUGCCACGGCUCAAGGACGACCUACAGAGCUGCGAUACACCGAAACUCACCUCGAUACCAUCUUUGCCCUCUCAACUCAUCCUGGCAAAGCUGGCAUUGCUGUCGUCCGUGUCUCUGGACCUCAGGCCAAAUCGGUCUUGAGGAGCAUGACACUUGCAAAGUCGCCGUUUCCAAAGCCAAGGCAGGCUGUCACCAGGAGAUUGUUGUGCCCUCAGUCAAACGAGCUCCUGGACAAAGGAAUGGUUGUCUGGUUCCCAGGUCCAAGGAGCUUCACAGGCGAAGACAGUGUCGAGUUUCAUUGUCAUGGAGGCAAAGCUGUUGUUGACGGGAUUCUUCGAGGAAUAGGAAACACAGGGCCGUAUGUCCGCCUGGCUGAGCCAGGAGAGUUCUCGCGAAGAGCGUUUGAAAACAACAAACUGGACUUGACAGAGGUCGAAGGACUCGCUGAUCUUCUCAAUGCAGAGACAGAGGCUCAGAGGCGUUUGGCAUUAAGGCAGGCGGAUGGAGGACUGAAGAACCUGUAUGAGACAUGGCGGACACAGUUGAUUAAGAGCAUGGCCCUGAUUGAGGCACUCAUCGACUUUGGCGAAGAUGAAAACAUCGAGGACGACGUCUACGACAAUGAUAUCAAGAAGCACACGGAUGACGAUCGAUGUGGUGAAAUCCUACGCGACGGUAUCCAUGUCACUAUCCUUGGCCCACCCAAUGCUGGCAAGAGUAGUUUCUUGAACUUUGUUACAAAAAGGCAGGCGGCGAUCGUGUCUCCUAUUCCAGGAACAACACGCGAUGUGGUGGAAGUGUCGUUGGACAUUGGCGGUUAUCCUAUCUUGAUUGGUGACACAGCGGGACUGAGGUCGUCACAGGAUGAGAUUGAGAUGGAGGGUGUCAGGAGAGCGCAGGAUCGGAUCCAGCUAGCGGAUAUCAACAUUGCGAUCCUUCCAGUGACAGACUUCAUGAGCUCAGACAAAGUUAGUGGCGGCAAUGGAACCGGUGUGGACCCCAUUGUACUUGAGGCUGUGAGGAAGAAUCCAAAGACCAUGGUUUUGAUCAACAAGAUGGACCUCCCCGGACUUGACAAUGAAAAGGCCAUGGCAGCAGUCAAGUCUGAAUUAUGGGGCGACUCGCACCAAAGUCUAGAUGAUGAGGGUGAGGGUGAGGAUCAACGCAGACUAUGGGCUAUCUCCUGCCAGACAGGGGAUGGUAUUGGACAGUUCCUCCAAGACUUUAUCAAGAUCCUUAAAGACAGAUUCGAAAGCAGCGUGUCAAGCAGCACGUCUAUCACCCAGUACAGGCACCACCUUGGUGCAGAUGACAUUGUUCUGGGCGCAGAGGAACUUCGCCAUGCUGCAUCAGACCUAGGCAGGAUCACCGGCAGAGUGGAUGUGGAGGAGGUGCUCGAUGUCGUCUUUCGUGAGUUCUGCAUAGGCAAAUAA